UUACCAAAACAAAUUCCGAAUCCAAAUCGGACGGUCAUCAAGCGCGCUACUCGUGUUUUUUGCUGCUCCCCCAAGGAAUUCCGGAACCGAACAGAUCGGCGACGGCGCGAACUCACUGAACUGAAGUACAUAUUUUUUUGUGAACCACCAACUGAAUGGUUGGAUUGGAUUAUCGUCGUUAAUUAGUUUCAAUCAGGCGAAUAUAAGUAAAUAAGAAAAGGAGUCCAAACGCUUGCAACAACAACAUCAAGAAAUGGAAAGAAGCAGCACCAACUGUGAGCAGUGAUCGUGCGCUUGUGUGUUCGCCCCCAUGUGUGUGUGCGUGUGUUUGUGCUGGAAUGGAAUGCAGUUACGAAAAAAGUAAAUAAAUAAUUGAGAGCGCGCCCGCGCUCUCCCGCUCUUUCUCCCCUGCGCGCGUGUGUCGAGUGGCUCGGUGUGUGCCUGUGCGCCCGUGUGUGUGCGCCCGCGCGUGUGUGUGUGUCUGUGUGUGUCGGGUCGGUCUCCAUUAUCGCCGGAGCAAAAGAAACGGAAUUGAAAUGUCUUUGCUAAUGUAAACAGCGCAAAGAGAAACCCCCCGAAAAAAAAAGCAAGCGUAGAUAGCGAAAAAGAAAGAAAAGGCGCGCGUCGGGUGAAAAAUAAAGCAACAACGACGUUUUCUCAGACUCCCCAAAGUACACAGCGAGAAACAAAACUAAGAUGCCGAAUCUGCAACAAACCGCAUCGCAAUCGCAGUCGCAGCAUCAUCUGCAUCCCCACCACCUGCGACCCCACCAGCAACAACAUCAUCAACAGCAGCAGCAGCAACAACAACAACAACACACGCAUCAUCAGCAACAACAACAGCACCACAGCGAUUUCCCACUUCCCGAUGGCUGGGAUAUUGCCAAGGAUUUCGACGGCAAGACCUACUACAUAGAUCAUAUCAACAAGAAGACCACCUGGCUGGAUCCCAGAGAUUGCUACACAAAGCCGCAGACCUUCGAGGAUUGUGUGGGCGAUGAGCUGCCAAUGGGCUGGGAGGAGUCCUACGAUCCGAACAUCGGACCCUACUACAUCAACCAUCUGGCGCAAAGCACCCAGCUGGAGGAUCCGCGACAGGAGUGGAAGACUGUCCAGGAGCAGAUGCUCAGUGACUAUCUGUCCGCGGCGCAGGAUCAGUUGGAGAACAAGCGGGAGAUGUUCGACGUUAAGCAGCAGCGACUUCUUUGGGCCCAGGAGGAGUACAAUCAUCUGAAGUUGGCGGCCAGCCGAAGCAGUCUGUGCUCCUCCUCCAGUUCGAUGAGUCGCCACGAUCCGGAACUCCUAAGAGCCGAUCUAAUGUUGGCGCGGGAGCGAGUCCACCAGCUGAAGCAGGAGCUGACCCACAUUACCAAUGACAUAUCCUACACGGAGCGCGGCAUGAACACGCUGUACUCCGUGGGCGAGAAGAUCAAUGCUCGGGAAAAUGGAUGCUACGACAUCGCCGAGGUCCAAGCGAUUCGCGAGGAGAUGCUCAAGGUGCACAAGUCGCUGGUCUCCGGCGAAAAGGUGCGCGAGGAGCUGAUGCGCAGUCUGGUGCAGAUCAAGAACGAGCUGGGUCGCCAGCAAAUCAGCGAGGAGAACUCGGACCUAGCCUCGCCCUUCGACCGCGUCUGCGUGGCCAGUCAAACGGAUCUGUGCGGAUCAUCAGGGGACAAUCUGAACGGAGGAGCCCGUUUCGCGGAGAUGGCCAAGACCAAGUUGCAGUACGCCGAGUGGCGCAAGCACAUCAAGAAGCUGCAGCAGCAGCUGGCCGAUCAUGUGGAGCGCAUUGAGCCGGGCCAACUGGAGUCGGACAAGGAUCGCAUUCUGCUCAUCCAGGAGAAGGAGAAGCUGCUGAACGACUUGAACAGCAUUUCUCUGAAGUCCCGCAGCGAGGAGGAGAAGCGGGUGAUCCACCAGACGCGCCACAAACUAGAGGAGGACCUCAAGGAGGCCUACGAAGCGAACAACACAUGCGUGGCCAAUCGCCUGCGCUUCCACGAAGAGAAGCAGCUGCUGCUGGACAAACUGCAAGAGGCCCUGAAGUCCACCAAGCUGCUGGAGGAGCGGCUCAAGUCCUUCUCCUCGGAGAGCACCUUCUCCAUUAGCAGUGGCAGCAGUCUGGGCUCCUUGUCCACGGCCAGCAGUAAGAGCGCCCUGAGUUUCACCGACAUAUACAUUGAUCCCUUUGCGGUGGACUCGCCCAUUGACGUGGUGGAUCUGAGACGUCGCUCGCAGAGAUUGUUCCAACAGCACCAGCAGCAGCGUCUGCAUCCCGUGCAUCCCGUCCUGCAGCAACAGCAAUCCGCGGAGGUAACGCUAUCGCCUAGAAGCAGCCUCUCCAUGGAAACGCCGCCCGCCUCGCCGAUGAAGUAUAAUGCGGGCGCGGAUCAGACGCCGCAGGCCCUCAAGGAGGAGCCCACUUAUGCCAAUGCUCUGCCCGCCCCUCCCGCCUACACAGCCCCGCCCCCAGUUCCGAUUUCCGGAGUCAGAGCACGACCCUACGACCUGGACUCCACCGUGCUGGACUGCAUGAUGCUGGAGGCCAAGCUGCAGAAGCUGAACAUGGGUACCCCGCUCAACCUGGCUGCUGCGCCACUCUCGCCCAUUUCGGAGAAGCCCUCGCUGCUGGAUCUGCCGCAGGAGAUGCUCAGCCGAUCGUCCUCCACCUCCAACACGCGAUCCGUUUCGGCGGCGGUCAGCAAUGAGUCCGUUGCCGGCGACUCCGGCGUCUUUGAAGCGUCGCGCGCCCAUCUGCCUCGAAAGGAGCUGGCACAAGUCCAGAUUGGACUGAAGUAUCUGAAGCAGGAAGGUGUACUCGUCGUCUCUCUGGAGCGUGCCAACAAUCUUCUGGCCCUGUGGACUGCCUCGGCGGACAACUCGCAGGUGUAUCUCCGUGCUGCGUUGCUGCCGAAUUCGCUGACCUCCAUAAGGACCAAGGCGCUGGGCGAUUUCCAGAAGCCUGUUUUCAAUGAUACAUUCGCCGUGCCCAUCACGCUGGACAAGCUGUUGACCAAGAGCCUGCAGGUGACUGUGGUCACCAUGACUGGACAAAAGGAGGAGAUUAUUGGCACUGUGCAGAUCAGCAUGGCCGAGUUCAACCCGGAGGAUUCCACACUGAAGUGGUACAACGUGCUGAGCUCCAAAUUCAUUCCCAGCUUUGAGUCUCUGGACAUUCCCUCCACCAGCGCAGCUGCAGCGGCAGCGGCCGUUGCCGCCAGCAAUGCACCAAACAGUGGCAACAACCGGGAGGAGUCGUCGGAUGAGUCCACCAUUACCUCCUCCCAGACAUCCACACUGACCAGAAACCAAGCGCCCUGCAUGGAGCUGCAGGAGCAAAUCGCCGCCGAGUUAUUGGAGCUGGGUCCGCUCAAUGAGCCGGAGUGCAGCGACGACGACGAUGAUGACGAAGAGGAGGAGUUGGAUGACAAGCAGUUGGUCAGCGAUGUUGGCCUAAUGAACUCAAGCGGCAUGCUGGAUGCCUACCUACAAAACAUGAAGCAGGAGUUCGCCGACAAGGAGACGAACACGGAUCGCGCCUACUUGCCGGAGAAAUCGCGUGGCCAGUCCCAGCUGAUGGACGACAGGCCCGUGAAGCGAUCCCAGACCUUCACGCCAUCCGCAGCGGUCAGCAAGAAUCGCUACAACUGCCGACUCAAUCGCAGUGACUCCGACUCCGCGAUGCACUGCGGUGUGGCGCCCCACACUUUCCAACGCGGCGCUGCCGAACGCCGAUCCCUGCGCUUCCACACGAAGGCGCCCAAGUCAGUCACAAAACUGCAUCAUACUCACAUACCCCGCACCAGUUUGGACUUGGAGCUGGAUCUGCAGGCGCAGCAUAGCAAACUCUACUUCCUCAAUGAUCAAAUCGCCAAGCUGCAGAACCUCAAGGAAGUCUUGCAGAAGGCCUGCGAAAACAAGGAUCCUUUGGUGGCCGCAUGGGCCAUUGAAAACGAGGAGUUCCAACGCCUGGUGGCCCGCGCCGAUCCUGCCAAAUGCCCCGAGGAGCGCCAACUGCAGAAGUUGCUGAUGAAGACCGCCAAAGAGAUCCACAAACUGCGCAAGACCAAGGUGCCCAAAGGCUGUCCCGAUUUGGUGUCUUUCAAGGAGAAGAUCACUUUCUUCACACGCAAGGGCCUGUCGGUGCCCGAGUUGCCCAGUGAAUUUACCUUGCCGGAAGCUAAUCCCAUCGAAGAAGAAGAGGAGGAAGAGGAUGAGGAUGAGUUCUACAAUUCAGCUGAGACGGCAAUUGCCAUCAACACGGCGCUGGUGGCUAGCAGCAACCGAAACAAGAAUCUCAGUGAGCAUCCCCACAGAGCCACCAGCGGGGCAGUGCCUAAGUUGCCAGCACCUGUUGCUACUCCUGCUGCUACUCCCGCUGCCACUCCUGUUGCUACUCCUGUUGCUACUCCUGUUGCUACUCCUGCUGCCACUCCCGUCGUUUCCCCCGCUGUCCAAACUGAUGCUAAACCAGCAGCCGCUCCAAUUCCAGUUGCAUCUAGCGAUGCCGAGCAACAGCGCUUCGACUACGUGGUGGAUCGCAACUACGGCGUGGAGGUGUAGCCCCAUCCACAACUCCCCAUCUUCGCUGUACAUUUUUGUAAUUAAUGUAGUAUUUAUUUUCACUAAGCAAAAAGUAUUUAUGUGUAUAAACAACUGAUGUAACAAAUAUCUGUGCCUUAUAGAGAACGUGAGAGAACGACAAGAACCAUGCUAGAAUGAUAUAUCCACGCAUAGCUAUGCACUAGACCUAAGCCCAUUAUUGUAACUAGAUUAGCCAAGCAGCCCUAGCCCUAACUGCACCCAAAGUCAGUUGUACAAAUUGACCCCCACUGAUGACCAUAUGAAAGCAAUUAGAUAUAAAAACCACCAACCCGCCCCAAACAAUUUGCCCCGCCCAAAAGAAAAAAAACAAAAACAAAACCAAGAAACAAGGAAUAUCAAACAAUAACGCGCACAUUGUGCGUUCAAUGCCUUCAAAUUCAUAUUGAAACCAACUGUAUUCUUAAGACUUGAGCAAAAUUAUACGAAUGUUUAUGAAUAUUUUUAUACGCAGCUAGUUAGGAUAGUUAACCCAAGCCACAUAUACACAAAACGUGAAAAUAUUUAUUAUACUGAUGGAUCGAUCGACGUAGCGCUCGAAUUCUGUCGUUUAGGUUAGUUAGCUUGCGUUUUUGUUAAGCUCAAAACGAAUUCUUAUACUGUAAUUUUUUUUAUAAAAAAAUCCUAUGCAAAAAAAAACCAACCAACACAAAAAAAGUGAAUGUACCAUAUUAGAUAAUCGUCACUAUGUUAACUAUAAGAGCGCCCUUAACCCCCUGACAAUGCCACCAUUGCAUAAAGCGCAUAAAAAUGAGAAAAAAUAUAUAAAAUUAAACCUUGUUAUGCUUUCCCAAGCGGACCUGUUAAAAACUGUUGACUUUGAAACUGUGCCGUGGUGCACCGAGUUUGUAUGAAAUGAAAUGAUAUGAAAUGAAAUUACCCACAGCUCUAGUUUAGUUUAGGUUUUACACGUGUGUGUUUUCGUUUUCGGGCUCUAUGCAAACUUUUGCUGUUGUUUAUGUUUUCACUAACCAGACCCAGCCCCUUCCCACCCCCAAACUCUAGCAAGUAGUACGAGUAAACUGAAUGAAAGUCGCCACACAUAUUUUUUCAAUACCGUAGUAAUUUUAGUUGUAAUAAAUUAUAUGAAAGUGAACCUGUAUAUUGUAAUUGUGCAAUAAACAUAAAAAAACUGACAUAACUAAA